GGCAAGUUUCUGCAAGUUUCUGCAAGUGCUGGCUGGGCUGCCUGCUGGGAGUCAGGCGCACUCCGUGCUGCGUUUUGUAUAGUCCUCGCGCACUCACUUCCGCAUCUUUGAAUGCUUUUGCUGCUGCCUAAGAUGAUCUUCAUCCAGGCCCGUCAGGCCGCCAGGAUGCGACCGAAUAUCUUGGGGUGAGGAGGCCCGCUGACGACCCCGCCUCACCACUCCUCCACUAUCGCGACUCGCCGAUACCCAAUACUCCACCGCAUCUGUUUUGCUUGUUCUACAGCCGGUUGGAACUACUUCAAGUACAUCAUGAAGAGUUGGAAUGGGUUGGAGGAUGCGACGGCGCCGGUCAAGCCUCGACGGACCCCGACGCGGUGGCGUGCACUGUCUGCGACCUUCGUCACACUCGUCUGUCUCGCAGCAGUGGAUACCAUCUUUCCUGAAUUAAAGAACUGGGAUCUGUCCUUGUCUCUGGACGAAGAGCCUGCGUUGCAUCAUGCCGCUUUUGAGUGGUCCAAGAUCGCUCCGAGUGAGCAUCUAGAAUUCCACAAAUGCUUCGGCAGAUUUGAAUGCGCAAAACUAAGCCUACCAUGGGACUACUUCAACGGCACCUACCCCAAUCAUACCGUCAGUAUCGCUAUCACCAAGAUACCUGCCAGAGUACCCGUGGAUGAUGCUCGUUAUGGAGGUCCGAUCUUGUUCAACCCCGGCGGUCCGGGUGGCCCAGGUGCUGCAGUUGCAAUUGUGUUAGGACACGCGCUACAGCAGAUCGUGGACUCCAGUGUUGAGACUUCCACACCCUCCACCGAUGCAAGAUACUUUGAUGUCAUCGGAUUUGACCCCCGCGGAAUCGGCUGGACGGAACCGGUUGCUCGAUGCAUGCCAGAUCAGCCUGCUUCGUGGUCCUGGAAAUUGAGAGAGGAGACGGAAGGACUUAUCGGAAGCUCAGAUGCAGCUCUCGGUAGACUUUGGUCUAUGAAACAUGCCUUUGGCGCAUCCUGCAAAUUAGCUGAGGAGGACCAAGAGGGACCGGAUAUCAAGCAGUAUAUGGCGACGGCAUUCGUCGCUAGAGACAUGUUGGAGAUCACUGAGAAACACGCCGAGUAUGUCGCAAACGAGGUAACUCGGAAGGCUGCGCAGAAGGCCGGUAAGCGUCCCGGAUACUACAGUCCCACGUAUGUUCCAGGGGAAAGCAAGCUGCAAUACUGGGGCUUCUCAUACGGGACACUACUUGGAUCCACCUUUGGAUCCAUGUUUCCCGAUCGUGUUGGGCGUCUCAUUCUCGAUGGUGUUGUCAGCUCAUACGACUACCAAAAUUCCCUUGGCAACGGAAGCCUUACAGAUGCCGAAAAGGCCAUGACCUCCUUCUAUACCUUUUGCCAUAAUCUGGGUCCUGCUGAAUGUCCCUUGGCAACUACGAACUCAAGUGUCUCGGAUAUAGAAGAUCGCACGCAAGACAUCAUCGCAUCGCUGUACCAUAAUCCGCUUCCCAUCGUCUCGUCUGAUGGUCCAGACUAUCUUACUUGGUCUGAUCUCAAACUAUUGAUCUUCGGCGCUACCUACCAACCACGCUUGAUGUUCCCAUUCGUUGCAGACAUUUUAGCCACCAUUGAACAGGGAGGGGGCUCAGCGACCGACCAGCUCGCUAGUAUGUUCCACUACAACCACGUUCUUUUUUGCCCUGCCAACGGCACCGAAGCAUCUGAUACGCCAGUGCCCGACGUGGCAACUACGGCUAUCUUAUGCGGCGACGGCAUUGAUCAAACUCAUCUUACUAGAGACGAAUUCGAAGCAUACUGGAAUAUCAUGGACACCCUUUCGCCGAACUUUGGCUCCUACUGGUCCAUGCUUUUGAUGAGUUGUGCAGCAUGGAAAAUCAAAGCCAGCUACAAGUUCGAAGGCCCUUAUGGUGGCAACACAUCGCACCCUAUCCUCUUCAUAAGCAACACAGCAGACCCUGUUACGCCUCUUCGCAGCGGACGCUACAUGCAUAGCCUCUUUCCCGACAGUAGCCUUUUGAUCAGCGAUCAUGUUGGUCAUUGUUCGAUUUCCGCACCCGAUAUCUGUAGCUUGAGCCGUGUGAAAGCAUACUUCCAGACGGGUGAGCUACCGUCGCCGGGUACUGUUUGCGUACCGCCACCUAGCCCGUACAGUCUCAACUCGACGGAUCCCGAUAGUCCGUUCUAUGACCCCUCGUUAGGUAGCACCAAUGUUGCCAGAUUCCGGGAGAUGGACUCUGACGGGGCAAAGCUACUAGCUGCCGGUGAGUGGUUGCAGAAGCGAGUUGCUGCAAGCGAUAUGUUCGGCCUAAACCUGCCUGUCGCCGAAAGGGUCAAUCGAGCUAUGCAAACAUUCUUGAAGGAAUCGCUAUCAGGUUCAGAUUAUGCUGUAUUCGCCUAGCCGUGCGCUAUUCUAGAGAACGGCCUUUCUGAGCUAUGUGCUUAAGAGACCAGCCUGCUUCUUACGCGCUGUAUCAAGAUACCAUACUGUACUGUGAUUACUCAAACUCCCUCAAAUCGCCGACGCAUUUUAAUUUUCAUCGAAGAGGUAUACUAUCUACAUUUGAAUUUACCACAAUGUGAUCACAUUCUCUCCGACACUGGGAGAACAAGUUUACUUUUGUCUACCCUAAUCCUAGGUUAUCAUUGGCUAAUAAAGGAUCAAAAAUGCACUAUUUCGUCAAGCCAAAGAAGAUCCUCACUCUAUCAACUCUUACUGCAUCGCCUCUCUCCAUUCACCACUGCAUUAUCCAGCUUUGUUGUGAUACAAAAAAAAAUACUUAGCUUAUACGAAUACACGAUUGCAUGUAA